UUAUCAAAUUAUGGCCCAGAAAAUAUGAUUGUCGAAUCCUAUACACUAUCACAGAUGGUUGGGGAUCUGAUUAACACAUCUAACAAUGGCGACGAACAAAAUCGUUCGUUUGAUCGCACCAAGCGGAUCCGUCUCCUCUAGAUUCCUGGAGCCAGUGUCACGGUUUUUGAGCUCUGGUACUACUCCUCCGCCGCAGGCUCCAUCUCCGAAUCAGGAUAACGUGAAGCCAGAUCAGAAACUUCAAGAGAAACAGCAGAUGCAGAAAGAAGAAGAAGAAGAGGAAGAAGAAGGAGGAGGCGGAGAGUUUGUGAACGAAGAUACUGGUGAGAUCGGAGGACCUAGAGGUCCUGAACCGACUCGGUACGGCGAUUGGGAACAACGUGGUCGAUGCUCGGAUUUCUGAGACGAUUCUUACAAAAAAAACUGUAGGUUGUUUUUGUCUUUUCAAUUUCUGGGCAAAUUGGAAUUAAAUUCGUUUUGAUAUAAUGUUAUGUAUUUGCAAAUAAAGGAGAACAUUGAAGAAAACUUUAGUAGAAGGUUCAAAUCGUUAUGUGCUUCAUGCCUGCCUUGCUUGGGUUUAUUUGAAUACGUAAAGUCUCAAUAAAACUCUAUAGUUAUGAA